AUCUUGUCUGUGUAAGAAACCCGAAGUGGGUCGCGCUAGAAUUGCAUAUACUAAAUAUGGAUGUAUUGUCAUCUAUUUUUUUCUACGUAUAUUCCCAACCCACUUUUCAUUUAAUCUUUUUGGUGAAGGCUUGAGAAGGUGGUGUGUUGGAAAGAGAUCAUGGCUGGGAGUGAUGGCUGGGAUGCAGAGAAGAUGUUUGAGUUGUAUUUGCAUGAUUAUCUGGUGAAAAAGAAAAUGCACAAGACUGCUGCAAUUUUCAGAAAUGAAGCCAAUCUUGGCGAAACUCACGUUGAUGUUGAUUCCACCGAAGGAUUCCUCCAUGAAUGGUGGUCGAUGUUUUAUGACGUAUAUGCCUCUAGGCAACUGGAGUAUCAGCCAGCCAAGGAAGGGGGCCCUGUUAAGGUGAAAAUCCCUUCAACAAUCCCACAGGUAGCGAUGAAUCGGCACGGGCCCGGACAGUUACCGGAAGACUGUCUUAGACGUCUUGCUGAAACCUUUAAUCCCAAUUUGGGUCCACUUGAUCUUAAUAAACCGAGUUUCCCAAUGUCAGCUGCAGUCGGUUCAAGCCAUCCACAGCAACAAACUCAUAAACGGGCUCAAAUUCAGGACAUUAACAUGGAGGAAACUACAACUACGGACCCCAUUCUGUAUGGAACACCAGAAACCGAACUCUCAAUAACUGGGUCAUCAUAUGAUGCAGGUUUCACUUUUGAAGAGGUUAUUACCCUCCAAUGCAGCAACGGCUUGUCGUGCUGCCACUUUUCAUCAGAUGGGGAGUUGUUAGCUAGUGCAGGGAAUAUAAGGAAGGUUUUGAUUUGGGACAUGGAAACCUAUGGUUCCAUUAGUACUUCGGAAGGGCAUACUCAUCUCAUCACAGAUCUUCGGUUUAGACCAAGUUCAACUCUUUUUGCUACUUCUUCCCUUGAUAAAACCGUGAGAAUAUGGGAUGCAGCAAGGCCAAACAAAUCGCUGUACAAGUUUCUUGGGCAUGUUCAACAAGUAAUGUCACUGGAUUUCCACCCACAAAAGCUGGACCUCCUUUGCUCUUGUGAUCAAAACAAUGAGAUUCGACUGUGGAAUAUCAACAACUAUUCUUGCACACGCGUCUCUAAGGGAGCUACUAAACAAGUCAGAUUCCAGCCACAAUUUGGAAAGCUUUUGGCCACUGUUGAAAGAAACAUUAUCAAUUUAAUUGAUGUAGAGACUGACAGCGUCCAGUUCUACUUGAAGGGACAUGUCAAAGAUAUUCUUUCAAUUUGUUGGGAUGCUAGUGGGAAGUAUAUUGCCUCUGUUAGUGAAGACAGUGCACGAGUUUGGUCAGCUAUGUCAGGCGGUAAAUGCAUACAUGAACUUAGUUCGAAUGGCAAGAAAUUCCAGUCAUGCACAUUUCAUCCGGGAUAUUCACAGCUCCUUAUCAUUGGUGGUGAUCAGUCUCUGGAGUUGUGGGAUCCAACUGAGAACAAUAAAACAAGUUCGGUUCCAGCUCAUGAUGGGUUAAUUGCUGCACUAGCAGAUUCACCGCAGACUGGAAUGGUUGCCUCCGCAUGUCAUGACGACUGUGUGAAGUUGUGGAAAUGA